AUGUAAUUCUCGAGGUAGAAAUUUUGCAGAAAUAUAAAUGAAUAGUAGUCAUUAAGAAGAUUGCAAAAUGAUUUGCUUGAUGAAAAACUAAAAGAGUUAAAUGAUGAUAUAUGCGAAAUUGCUAUGGAUAUGGAUAGCGAUAUUUUAUAAUUAUUUAUGACACCAAAAAUUGGUCUUUAUAAAGAUAAGAAAUUUUUUGUAUGCAAUUUCUUAUAUGAAGUUUAAUCUUGAUUUUCGAACAAAUUAUCCAUAUUUUCCUCCCAGCAUUAGUGUUAAAUCUGAUAUUCAACAUCCUAAUAUAGAUUUUAGGAAUAAAAAAUUCUAUUUAAAAUUUUUAGAAACAUAGAAUUGGAGGCCGACAUUUGGGUAAUCAAAAUAAUAAUCACAUUUAGAUUAUUAGAAAUUAUCAAAGCAAUGAAAUAGACUUUGCUAUAUGUAGAUUUUACAUAUAUUCCAAAUGAAAUUAAUUGUCUUAUUUUGGCAUAAUAGAUAUUAUAAUAAAACAAUAAUAUAGCUGAUAACUAUUUUGAAUUUAUAGAUUUUGAAAUAAGUGAAAACUUUAAAAUUAAUUUUGAAUUAGAUAAAUAUUCAAAUUCUAUUGAAAGUAUCAACAAUUCUAGUCAAUAAAAUCUUUCCUAAUAACCAGCUAUAAUUAAUCUCUAAAAAACAUAAAGACAUAGUUAAAAUGAUAAAAUUAUAUGUAUUAAAUAAAAAAAUUGA